AGCUUUCUUUCUACCAGGAAAAUAAUAUUGUACUUCCGGUUACAUUUUUGGGAAUUUAGAAAAAUCCAAAUGAACUUUUCAAUCUACAAAAAUCCAAGCAAUCGAUAUCUGUAAAAGGAUAAACAGCCAUAUAUUUGGUUCUUCGAAUGUCUUGUUUCAUGUUGCUUGCAUUUUGAUUACCACUACAGAGAAAUGAGCUUCUUUUUUGGAGGAAGAAACAAUAAAACCUUCAAACCAAAGAAGAAUAUUCCUGAGGGAAGUCAUCAGUAUGACUUGAUGAAACAUGCUGCUGCCACAUUGGGAAGUGGUAAUCUUAGGCAGGCUGUGGUAUUACCUGAAGGAGAAGAUCUAAAUGAAUGGGUGGCUGUAAACACUGUGGACUUCUUUAACCAGAUAAAUAUGUUAUAUGGUACUAUAACAGAGUUCUGUACAGAAGAGACCUGUCCUGUAAUGUCGGCUGGACCAAAAUAUGAGUACCACUGGGCAGAUGGUCAGACUGUAAAGAAGCCUAUAAAAUGUUCAGCACCAAAGUAUAUAGACUAUCUCAUGUCAUGGGUACAAGAUCAGUUAGACGAAGAAUCCCUCUUUCCUUCCAAAAUUGGUGUGCCCUUUCCGAAGAAUUUUCUAGCUAUAGCCAAGACAAUAUUAAAAAGACUAUUCAGAGUUUAUGCACAUAUAUAUCAUCAACACUUUAAAGAAGUGGUACAACUAAGUGAAGAAGCUCAUCUUAACACGUCCUUCAAACAUUUCAUUUUCUUUGUCCAAGAGUUUAACUUGAUUGAGAAGAGAGAGUUAGCUCCUCUACAAGAGCUAAUUGACAAGCUCACAAGCAAGGACAGAUAAAGGUCAUAGUAAAAAGAAAUACCAAAAACUAGUCUUACUGUAUAAAAUUUCUGUCAUUUAUAUAUAUCUACACAUUUGUUUUAAAGUAGCAUUUCAGUCUUUUGUGUAAAAAUAUGCAGAAUUGUGAGUUUUAAAUAGCACAAUCAAAAUAUAACUAGUUAUACGUUGAAAGAUAAGAUUAUUUGUCUUUGAAUAUGGAUAGAUUCUGUAAGGCUAAAAUGCUGAGGUUUUAAUACAUUUUUACAAAUACACAAAAUGUACCCUGAUUGUAAGAACAUUACACCUUCAUUAUUUUGUAGAUGUAUAUAAUUACUAAUAUAAGAAGAAAUGCUGUUUUAAAAUGGCUAAGUUCUGUCUCUGUUUUGUUAUGUUUUUUUUUCUAUAAAACUGAUCUAAGCCUUCAGUUUCAACAUGUUUUGUUAUAUGUAUUUAAAGUAUAGUGGUUAAAAUAUUUAUAAGAUAUAAUUUAAUAAAAAUGUAUUUCUAAGAUACCAUGUAAUUCAUAUAAACACAGCAUUUUCCCUGUUCUCAGAGAAAAUACUUUCCAUAAAACAAAUUUCUUAAUUUCAGUGGUUAAAUGUUUAGUAAAGACUAGAGUAAUUGGAUGAAACAAUGAGCUUUUGAACCCAGCUUUACAAAGUUCAGAUAGAGGCAGAUAAAAAAAAUGUUUUUAAGCAAAGUAAAGACUAUUUUUAGAGGAAUUUCUCCUUCGAUAUCAAAGGGGUCUAAAUGAUUGUCAUAGAUAUGUAAUCUGCACACUAAUUUGUAUAAAGUGCUUUUUGCUUGAAUAAUAAAUCAUGAACUAAAAGUGUGAGGGAUACAUUUCCAAAUGAAGUCCCGAGCAUAUGUUGCCAUUAUUGUAGUUUAUUUUUUGUGGUGCAAAAUAAUUUAUUUUAAGGAGUACUUUGUGUAUAAUUAUGUGCCUACAAGCUCACAUAUCUACACUGUAAAUUCAGAUUAUUUUACAUGCAUUUAUCAUUGCGGUUAUUGCCCAACAGACGUAAAUGGGAGGCUGAAUUAUUGCAAUUUCAGGAAAUGCUACAUACAAGUGAUGCUACCAAAAUUCAAAAUAAGAAUUUUUAUUUUUUGUGAAACAUAUCCUGUCACAAUUUUCUUUUCGCAACAAUAAAAACAUUACAAAAAUUUCUGAAUUUACAAUAUGUCAACACCUAUAAUAUAAACACCUUAUCAAUAUGAAUAAAAAGGUACAUGUAUAGUUAUAGCAUCAUUUCAGCUGUGCUCAAUUGUAAGAUUGUACGAGGGUCUAAAUGGGGUUUACAGAACAGAUAAAUGGGCCAAUACUGCAGAAAAAUGGGCCUAAAAUUAUAGGAUAGAGAAAAAUAGGCCCUAAAAAUAAAGAAUAGAUAAUAAUGGGAUGUUAAAAUAUAAAAGAGAAUAAUGGGCUAAAAAUAAAUAGAAUAGAGAAAAAUGACCCAAAAAAAUAAAGAAUACAGAAAUGAAGGACACCUGAUCCAGACCCUCUUGUAUUAUUUCAAUUGUAACACUUAUCUCCUCAGUUGUGCUCAAUUGUGAUAACAUUUGUUUAUACCAUAUUUUUUUUUUAUAUUUCUUCAUGAUUUUCUCUUAUCUCUUGUUCAGAAUAACUUCAAUAAAGUAGGAUAGUUAUAUCGCUUACAUGUACAUUUUAUUACAGUGAACAAUUCUGACUGGUGUAUACAGAGGGUAAAUAUAAGGGACCACUGGGUAUAUUUUAUUAUAGCCUUAAAAUAUAAUGAUAUAAGUAACAAAUGUACUACCUCGUGAUCAUUUAUAAAAUCUGUUUAAAAGUGGCAAAAAAGAUAUCGACAAGUGGUGAAAAAAUGAUGCUUGUCACAUAUCAGAGAUGGGACAUUCGUUUAUGUAUUAAAUAAAGUUUUAUGGUGCCAAGCUUCCCACUUGAGUGUGAGUCUCUCAAAAUUUCAUUGGCUGAACAAGGUUAGACCAAUAAACUGUACUUAAUAAGAAAUAUCUGUUAAUUAAUGAAGUUGAAACAUCAUAGGGGACUGUUUGAUAUUUAAUAAUCAGUCAGAUACGAGUAAUUUUUCUAAAGAGAAUUAUUUACGAGGCUUUUGUGAGAAGAAAUAACUCGAAAAUGAAUUGUCUCAAAUAUAUCAAAAGUUGGAUUACCGGUACAUAAUUUUUUAGAAUAUUGCCAAAGUAAAUUGCGACGAAGAAAGAGCCAAACCUGAGAAGAAAAAAUUCUCUGCAAAUAAUAAGUUGAUUUUAUAGAAAUGGAAAUCUUUAAAUCAAACAGUUAAUGCUACACCUACAUUUUAUUGGAUAAUUUUACUAAAUUUAUGAAAUGCAAUGUAAUAAACUUGAUUUAUGGUGGUUAUAUAGUUUAAAGAUUGUUGAAUCAAUCUUUAAUAACUCUGUAGAACAGAGGGUUUUGUCAAGAUGAUACAACACAGAAUAAGUUUGUCAAAAGAAUGUAUGUAGAUAAUGAAUAAUGGAUUUCUCUAAUAAAACAUGAAAAUUAAUUAUUUAGGACAGUUUUAAUGUCCGUUUCUGCAUAUGGAACAAAAAAUUCAUAGGGGAAAAUCAAACAUACAUAAUUAAAUUGUUAAAAGAUUGUUUAUUCAUUUUAACCAUUCCAUGUUUAUUUCAUUAUGUUUUAUUUUACUUCUGAAGAGUGUUACACAAUCUUAAUAACAUAGGGAAGCUUUAACUGUGGUUAUUAUAUUUUUCAGGUUUUUAUACGACUGUAAAAAAAUUUUGUGGUCAUAUAUUGGUAUGACGUUGGCGUCGUCGUCGUCCAAAGACACAUUGGUUUUCGCACUCUAACUUUAGUAUAAAGUGAAUGGAUCUCUAUGAAAUUUUACCAUAAGGUUCAAUACCACAAAAGGAAGGUUGAGAUUGAUUUUGGGGGUUAUGGUACCAACAGUUAAGGAAUUAGGGGCCAAAAAUAAGCAUUUUUGUAACUUCCAGACAUAACUUGUAUGUUAGUGUAUGGAUCUCUCUGACAUUGUACCACAAGGUUCCAUAUCACAAAGGGAAUGCUUGGAUUGAUUUAGGGGCUAAUUGCCUCAAAAUUUUAGGAAUUAGGGGCUAAAAAAGGGUAAAAAACAAGCAUUUUUCUAAUUUCAUGACAAUAACUUGUGUGUAAGUCUAUGGAUCUUUCUGAAAUUGUACUACAAGGUUCCAUAUCACAAAGGGAAAGCUGGAAUUGAGUUUGGGGGUAAUUGCCCAAAAUGUUUAGGAAAAAGGGGCCAAAAAGAAGCAUUUUUCUAGUUUCCAGACAAUAACUUGUGUUCAAGUGUAUGGAUCUCUCUGAAAUUAUACUGCAAGGUACCAUACCACAAAGGGAAGGCUGGGAUUGAUUUUGGGGGUAAUUGCCUCAAAAUUUUAGGAAUUAGGGGCCAAAAAACAAGCAUUUUUCUAGUUUCCAGACAAUAACUUGUGUUCAAGUGUAUGGAUCUCUAUGAAAUUGUACUGCAAGGUACCAUACCACAAAGGGAAGGCUGGGAUUGAGUUUGGGGGUGGAGAAUCAUAAGGGGGUUCAAAAAAUUUCGGGGGGAUUUUUUUUUCCUUUUUUUUUCUUAAAAAUUUUCCAUUUUAAAUUGGUUAUUUCUGAUUUAUAUAUAAAAGCAAAUAAUAAUGAUAUGGUUUGAAUAGGUAAAUUAAAUUUUUUUAAGUUCUUAGACCACAUUCAUUCUGUGUCAGAAACCUAUGCUGUGUCAAAUAUUUAAUCACAAUCCAAAUUCAGAGCUGUAUCAAGCUUGAAUGUUGUGUCCAUACUUGCCCCAACUGUUCAGGGUUCGACCUCUGCGGUCGUAUCAAGCUGCGCCCAGCGGAGCAUUUUAUUAUUUCCAGGUAUAAAAUGAACAAAGCAAAAAUGUAUAUUCUUUAUCAGAUUGUUUAUUUUUUAUAUUUUUAGUCUAUUUGCUCGGCUUUUUUUUAAACUGACCAUCCAUCAGCCAUAUAUAUUUUAUUUUGAAUGAUUUGUUUUUGCUUGACAAUUGAGUGCAAAUUUCAGCACAAAAUUACUUGUUGCUUAAAACAGUAUAUUAAAUCACUUUCUUAUCUUUUCAAACUUUAAUCUUAUAUAUAUAUUCAUAUAUAUGAGCAGUAAAUAUAUAUAAAUAACAUCUGAAUAUGAUAACUUUGAUUUAUAACCUAUAGUAAUGAUUUAAAUUUUUAUAGAAUUUACCUCUUGUUGACAAUGUUUCUAUGGUGGCACUGGCUUCUAAACAGUAACUGUGAACAGUGAAAGAACAUCACAAUUCUCUGUGGCAUACGUCUAAGCCAAUGGGAAAAAACUUAUUAUUUAUAAAAAGUAUAUACCUUCUGUUAAUUUAGAAUGAAAAAAGAUUAUAGGCUUGUGACAAUUCUAAUUUAAAUGUUAGUAUUUUUUUUAUGGGAUCUUCAUUGUUUGAAGCAGCCACAAAUUUGUCCUUGUGUGAUAUUGCUUUCUAUAUGAUCUUACUGGAUCAAGGUCAAGAGCUUGUUACCCUCAGAUAUCAUUUUAAGCGUGUCUGAAGUAUUGAUGGAUUUAUUAUAUGAGAAAUGGGGCAAUCACAGAAAAAAUUUUACUGAUAAAGGAAAUGAAGGCCCAUUGAAACUUUAGGGUUGAAAUGAAAACAUGGAGAACUGGCCUGCCUUUCACAAAAGGUUGUACAACUUACGACCAGUCAUUAAACAAACUAUUCAAAAUACUACUAGUCAUUUAUUGAACUUGCGUUUAUGUAAUGCAGGCCUGGGCCUAUGGUUAUAAAAAUUUACUCAGUAAUCGGGAGUAAAAAGUUUGUGCUGUAAACACCAAAUCCAUCUGAGCAUUUUGAUUGGUUGAAUUCUGAAGACCAUUAUAUGAUGUAUAAAUUUAAAUCCAAUAUAAAUUAGCAUGUGUUUGUAUGUGUGUGUGAUUAUUGAUAAAGAUGUAUAAUAUUAUGUUAUAUGAUUUGUUAUGAUUUAAGUAAAGGUACAACCUUCAUCAAUGUCAUUUAUUUCAUUUUAUAGCAUAGACACAAGUUUUACCACGUUAUUAUGAAUAAACAUUCAUUUAUA